UGAGUGCAGCAGUGAAUCUUAACAUUACAUACGCUGCCAUACCUUUCAUUCAUAUCACAUUCACCACCGAUUGCUGCCGAAGACAUCAUCACCACAACUAUCACUACAAAUGCCUUUCUAUGCGGUGAAAGAGGGAAGAGUUCCCGGAGUUUACAGCACUUGGAGUGAGUGCAAGAGACAGACCGACGGCUACAUCGGCUCUGAGUUCAAGAGCUUCAAUAAGGUUGAGGACGCCUUGGCUUAUAUGAAAGGCAAGUCCAGCAGUCGAUCCAAUUAUGGCACAUAUCAUGAGACAUACUAUGAGACCAAUUAUGAAACAUCGCACGCAUCGGCUUAUGGAUUAGGACAUGGAUUAGCCCCUCCAGUAACCUAUGGAUCAACUCAACGAUCUCACUAUAGAGCCCACUGUCGCGCGGGUUAUGCUGAGGCCAGUGGCGUCGGAUCAGGAGGUAGUCGUAGUGUUAGGAGCAUUGGUUCGCCGCCGAAGUCGGCCAUCAGUACAAUGAGAGACAUCCCGAAGACAGCCAUUGAAUGGUUGCCAAAGAGAGUGACCACUACUCAGUACCAGACCAAUGAUGGCAUGAAUGUUGUCGUCAAAGAGGAGUUCAAGGCGUUGCAAAAGGCGUCCAAAGGAAAGGUAGUUAUACUGCUUCGGGUCUCUAUCUCUCUGUCUCAACAACUAAUUGCUAUAUCUUUCAGACCAAAGCAGUUCCACUUCGAAGAGUUAUGA